UGCACUUUGCAACUUGAACUGUUCACUGAUUGUUGAAGUCACUCUAAUCAAUAGGCAUCUUACAGGUGAUAAUAAUUUCGUUAUAAAGUGACUCAAGUUUCAAUACAAUGAUGAGAGUAAAAACCAACAACGAAAAUGUGCGAAAACAACACGCAGCAGCACGUUCGACGAGGAAAAUAAACAUCAACAUUCAGCAGUAUUCAGCGUAGCUGUCAAACACUGUUGAUGAAAGUAUUUCACCAGAAAGCAACUCGAGAUCAUUCGAAUUUUAUCAAUUCUGCUGGUGCACAAGUGAACACAAACGACAGUAUAAAAUAUGUUUCCCCGUGCUAUUAUCCUCGUUCGUCAUUCAACAUACAGUUCAGGCAAAAAUGUUGUGGCGAAUUUUAGGACAAUUGGCAAGGGCGCAUCCGUUAAAAGCGUAAUUGCGAUACCUACGAGGCACUUUGGAAUUACUGGAACUCUCUGCAGGGCCAACGAAACCUUCGACGAUUUUCGAGCUCGUGAGGAGAAAAAAGAGCAGGAGUAUGUCAAACAACAGCAAGCAUCGGUAGCGACAGGUACUAGCUCCAGCUCGCAUGUCGACACGUUUUCAUCCACCUCUAACGAUCAGCAAGCACCUGAUCCGGAUGUGGAACGGGCAAAGGAAAUGAUUCUCGAUGCAGCAUUAGCAUUUGUCCAAUCACAUGGCUGGUCCAAGCAGGCCAUUGCUAAAGGAGCGGAAACAGUAAACUAUCCUAGUGUCAGCCAUGGAUUGUUCCCACGCGGUGGAAUCGAGCUUGUUCAUCACUUUUACAAACAGUGUAAUUUGAAACUCAUCGACUACCUCAAACAAGAGACGGCGGAUCUGGAACGAGUCCCAAAUCCGUCCGAAUUCGCUCGCAAAGCGAUCGAAUAUCGACUCCGUUUGCUCGAACCAUACCUGAAGUAUUGGCCACAGGCAUUAGGUCUUAUGGCACUACCACCAAAUGCACCACACUCUUUAGCAAACGUAUUAACGCUAGUGGACGAUAUUUGCUACUACGCCGGUGAUCGCUCGGUCGAUUUUAACUGGUAUACACGACGCAUAGGUUUGGCAUGUAUCUACAAAACUACAGAACUGUACAUGUUGCAAGAUUCUUCCACAGGAUUUGAAAAAACGUGGAAAUUUCUUGAACGCCGAAUGGAAGAGGCUAGUCUAGUGCACGAUUUUCUUGUCAAAUCGGAAGAUGCCACUCAUCAUUUACAAAAUGCUGUAGGAUCGGCUUUCACAACGGCGCGAAACAUUCUCGGGUUAAACUUUGAACGCCGAUGAUAUGACUAUCAACAUAAGUUGCACGUAGUGAAAACCGAAAAGAUUCCUCGCAGUUAGACAAAGCCAUUUCACGGUCACUAAAAUACGACAUACCAAAUCACUUGGCUCAGGAAUAAAAUUAAUAAAAACCA